AUGACCAACGACAGAAAAGAAGAUGAAAUAAAGCGCGACAAGAGGAAACGAUUGGAGGACCUCUUGAAGCGCACUUACCGCCAGAAGGUGAGGAUCAUUCGCGGACUGACUGUCCGACAGGCGAGUGCCACGGAUCUCGACCUGUGCGCCAAGUGGUUGAAGGUGUUCAGACGGGCCACCAAGGAGGAACGCUGGGCGAAGGAUUACCUCGUGGAACUAAUUCUGCGCCAGCUGCAGAACACAGGCCACUUGUCGCUGCCCUUCACCAACCUGGCCAAUCGCAGACUGGAUCUGCGCCUGCUCCUGGACGAGGAGGGGCGUCAACGGCUGCGUCACUUCAGUUCGCGGCAGGUGGUGGCCCCGAAGCCGUCGAGCAACAGUCUGGCCAGGAGGGUGCUCAAGUCGUCUUCGUUCGAGUGGAGGCGCAGGGUGCGUCACCUGGACCAUCUGGAAGACCAGUAUCGGCGCGAGGAGCAGGAAAUGUGGAGCCAACAGCAGCUACCCUCGAAGGGUCUUAGGCCGGAGCCGCCGCCGCCGACACAAACGCCACCGUCCCCGCCGCGCAAAGUGUCCAGACAUCGGAAACGCGUCAAGACGGUCGGCGUUCAGGCGGGUGUCCCGGUGAUCACGCCACAGACUGAACGUGAUCUCUGCGAGCGUGAGCAAAAACAGCGCGAGAUCUUGAAACGGCGGGAACGGGAUCGCAUGCAGCGGCAGCUCAGGGAGCAGGACCGGGAACGGCAGAGGACUCUGCUGGCCGAGCAGCAUAGGCUGGACAGGCAAAGUCUGAAAAGGGCGCGUCAACUGCGUGACCGACGUUUGCGGGAGCAGCAGCUGAAAGUCAAGGAGCAGCGUGACCACGAGCGCCAUAUGUUGUUGAAAAGGAGAGAGGAGCGGCGCCAUCAGGAGCAGCGUUCAUGGCCACAACGACGUCCCACUAUACCUUCAUCCCAGAAUGUGGAAAUUCAGCAGAGAGCGAGUCUGGAGCCGCAAAAAAACACCCAAACGGCCAAGACCGUGCCAGUCGAUAGCGACACUACCCGAAGUGCAAGACGUAUUCAGCAGUUGCACCUCAGGGCGGAAAACAUCAGACGCAAAGUUCUGGCCUAUGAGCAGCUCAAGAAAUACCAUCGGGAGAGAGCGCAAGCAGAGCGGGAGCGGCUUGAUCGCAAGGAGUACCCAGACACAGAGACGGAUAGUCGAAAGCAGAAGCCCGAAAAAUCCAGGAAUCCACGGAUUAAUGUAACAGAAAGAAAACGGAUCAAACAAAAUGCGCAGAAAGAAUGCGAAACUGAACAAAAAGAAGACCCAAUAAUAGCAGAAACCGAUCAUAAGGAUGAAUUCUGUGGAAGAAGGCAAGUUGAUGAACAGGAAAAGGAUAAAAUUGAAAGACGGAAUCAGAAGUAUAGGGAAAAACUUGAAAGAGAGCGGCAACGGGAGGCUAAAAUCCUUAAAGAGCGCCAGGAAAGAGCAGAGUUUGAAAGGAAUGUUUUGGAAAAAUUUGAAGCCGAACAAAGAAAGCGGGAAGAAUUCGAAAGAAAUAGACAAGAGGAGCUUUUGAUUCUCAAAGAACGUCAGGAAAAAGAAGAAUUUGAACGAAGAGAAUUGGAAAAAAAAUUAGAAGCCGAUCGAAAACAAAAGGAAGAAUUGGAAAGACUGCAAGAAGAAGAGCUUAGACUCCGAGAUAAAGAAUUUGAAAAAAAAAUUUUCGAAAAACUAGAAGCCGAUCGAAAAAUAAGGGAGGAAUUCGAAAGACAAAGGCAGGAGGAACUGAAAAAUCUUAGGGUACGCCAGGAGAAAGAAGAGUCUGAAAGAAAAGAAUUAGAGAAGAAGCUGGAAGCUGAGCAAAAACAGAUGGAAGUCCUGAAAAAAUUGCGUGAAGAGGAUUUAAAGUGUCUCAAAUCACUCCAAAGCAAAGAAGAACUAGAAGCCGAACGAAAGGAGAGGGAAGCAUUCGAAAGAAAAACCUGCGAAGAACGUGGAAGAGCGGAGAAAAAAAUUGAAGAACUUGAAAGAAAAUCAAAGGACUUACAAGAAGGAGAAGCAGAUGUGAGCGGGGAACUCGAUAAAAGAGAUCAAGAGGAGUACGAAAGAUUCGCCAGAGAAGAAGAAAGCAAUGCAGAAAAAAGACUUUUGGAAAAUCUUAUGCGCAGCAAGGAGGAAAUUGAAGCACGGGAGAGAAAGAUAAUUGAAGAUGAUCUGCAAAGAGAACAGCUCCUUAGAAAGUUGCUUCAAAAGCAAGCGCAAGAGGAAAACAGGGAAAGAGAAGAACGCGAGAAACGUGAAAAGAAAAUUAAGGAGGGCAUAACUGCAGAGGGUAACAAGCGCAGGGAAAAAGAGGAGGCUGAGAGAAAGCAUUGGGAGAAACUUGAUCGAUUACAAAGGGAGAGACAGGAAAUGAAACACCUAAAUAAAAAGCGGCCGAAAAAGGUUAAAGUCGACGGGCAAAAUGCCAUUGGGAAACAAGACGAAGAGGAGCUUUUUACCAGACGUUGCCCAGAAAGCCCGAACCAGGAGAAGAUGUAUAGGGAUUUAAGAAUGCAAGAGAUUACCCUGAGUGAAAAAACGGAGCUGAAGCUGCAAUGCGAGGCAAGAAAGGUGGCGAAGCGGCUUCAGCGGCACCUGUUAGGUCGACUUGGAAUGCACGGAGAAGGAGAGGUUCAUUUGGGCCAGAAAAAUUAUCCACAGAAAGUGGCAAGCGAGAGAAAAGCAAAUAGCCAGACGGAGAAUUGGUCUGUGAAGAAUCUCUCCGGAGACAUGAUGAAAGUGGGGCUAACUGGCAAGGAUGUGUCGAACGUUCGACGAAGUUUUCAGCAACUAGAUCGAUAUGAGAAUGCCAAAGUCCGCUUGAAAAAGCUCCAUGAAAGGAAUAGCAGGAUUUUUGAAGAGGUGCAGAAGUUUCAGGUGCUCGAUAAACUGCGCUUGGAAGCAGGAGAACUGGAAGCUCAAAAAUCUUUGAACAAGCGUUUCGAGCUAAGAUCUUCAAAGGCGCGCCCGUCACAGAAAAAUGCAGAGAGACCAAUCAGUUCCAGUCAAGAGUACUUUCAGCCAGGAUCCCUGCAUACUCGCAGCGAGCGAUGGGAUCGCUUUAUUGGGAGUGACGAGGAAUCCGGAAUGGAGGAUCCUCAAAAUCGGGGUCGCAACAGCGCCAUCCUCUCUAGCAGCGAAAGCGACCCGGUUCCGGAACCCCGUUACACCCUUGAAGGCAAGUACUGUCCGUUCAAGAAAACAUACGCGGUGGAGCCCCAAAAUGCUCAACACAUCCCACAUGAAGAAUCAGAGCAGGGAGAAGAUUGUCGGAAGACACCACCACCAAGUUCACACUCUACUGAGGAGGCAGAAUCGGACGAGGAACGAGCACGAGGUGGCGGUGGCAAUCCAAGUGGCAUUGGCAUGACUUACUGCACACGAACAGGAAAGAAGCGUUUUUCGCAGAUCAAACAAUGCGAGAUUGACCACGAUUCUGGCGGGCUAAAUGAGGAUCGGGUGUUUUUCGGACACCUUCUCACGCAGGCUCGGACAUUCGAUUGCAGUCCGGAUAUAUUGCGCGCGGAGAACCGUCUUCUGAAGAAAAAACUGGCUAGAGCUAAAAACAAAUAUCUGCAGUUGUCAGUUCUGCGAAUGUCCAAGUAUCUCAUGAGUGUGUUCGAGAAUAACGAAGCUAUCGAGAGUUCCGAGGAAGAGAAUGAAUCUCUGGAAAAUGUAGAGCUCGAGCAGAUCUAUCUGCAAGAGACCGAUAGCACUAUGCUAUUUCCCAGGCCAAUCUUUAAGACUCUGAUGUUAACUGUGGUUACAUCCAACGAGUCCAUUUCUCCUGACCUCGCGUACAAAAUUACCAAUUUGGAAGAUGAGCUGAAGGCUCACCUCAAGAAGAUUUCUAGACGCGCUUUUGCACAACGAGGUGCAGGAGCUCUGAGGCGGAGAGCCAAGUACUUGAUGGACCAGCAGCGUCAACUACAAAGUCGCCAACUGUCCGAGGUAUGUCGCAAUUCCGAGGAGCAGACUUUAAGGCUGUGGGAUCGACUGACCAGCAGCAGUGACUCCUUGCGAGGGAUCAGGGAUCUCUUUCGCGAUCAUUGCGACCUGCGAGACCCAUUGUUGUGCGCCGCACUCCAAAGCAUCGAGCGUCUCUACAGGGAGUGGAAGGAUCAGCGGUUUAGCGUGAAUUGGAAACAAAAUUGA